AGAGAAACAAGCGUGCGAAGCUGCGCUCAUCCCUCCCUAUCGUGGGCUCCAAUACACGCACUCUAUGUAAGGUGGAAGUAACUUUUAUCCUCCAGAGAAGAGUUAUAAACCACUCGGAAUAUACAUCUGGUCAAAGGUGUCACGACAAACGAUAACCAUGUCGGCCUCAUCGGCGAAAGUCAACAGAAAGGAGAAUUCCAAUCACGAUGGAGCGGACGAGACGUCUGAAAAAGAGCAACAGGAAGCAAUUGAACACAUCGACGAAGUACAGAAUGAAAUUGACAGACUGAAUGAACAGGCCAGUGAAGAAAUUUUAAAAGUAGAGCAGAAGUACAACAAAUUACGCCAGCCCUUCUUUCAGAAGCGAUCAGAACUCAUAGCCAAAAUCCCCAACUUCUGGGUCACAACAUUUGUCAACCAUCCACAAGUUUCAGCUCUUCUGGGCGAGGACGACGAGGAAGCACUUCACUACUUGUCGCGGGUGGAGGUCACGGAGUUUGAGGACAUCAAGUCUGGAUAUAGAAUAGAUUUUUACUUUGACGAGAACCCGUAUUUUGAGAACAAAGCCCUCUCCAAGGAGUUUAAUGUGAAUGAGAGCGGAGAUCCCGUUUCCAAAUCAACUGAAAUCAAAUGGAAGGCUGGAAAGGACCUGACGAAGCGUACGGGCCAGACACCAAACAAAGCGGGGAAGAAGAGGCAGCACGAGGAGCCAGAGAGCUUCUUCACCUGGUUUACCGAUCACUCCGACGCAGGAGCUGACGAGCUGGGAGAAGUGAUCAAGGACGACAUCUGGCCUAAUCCGCUGCAGUACUACUUGGUCCCUGACAUGGAGGACGAGGAAGGUGACGGCGAUGAUGAUGACGAGGAAGAGGAGGGUCUGGAAGAUAUUGACGAGGGGGAGGAAGAGGAAGGUGAAGAUGACGAUGAUGAGGAUGGUGAUGGAGAAGAUGGAGAGGAGGAUGCUGAGGAUGAUUAAACCCUUCAGCCAACACCUUCUCCCAAUCACCCUACAUCCCACAGGAGCAAAAUAUUGUGUGUGUGUGUGUGUGUGUGUGUGUGUGUGUGUGUGUGGGGGUGUGUGUGUGUGUGUGUGGGGGUGGGUGUGGUUGUGAAAAACAAAACAAAAAAAUCUUUCCCUGUGUGUUGUCAGCCCAUCCGUCCUCUUCCUCUGCAGGCACCUGUCCAUAACACCAUGUCUAAAGACUAGCUCCACACACAGCAGGUCUACAUUGGGUGUAGGUGGGAGGAGGACUUCUCCUGAAGUCUCACCCAUCAUUGUUAGUCUUCAUCUCCCAAAGACAUAAACAACUGUAGCAUUCUGCACGUCAUCCUACGUACAUUUGAAAUACGUACCAUAGCAAUUUCUCUGUAAAAUAUGACAGUUUCUGUUGUGAGUUGAAUAAAGAUGAAGCCAUGGUGCAGUGAUAGUCAGAGCAUCCUGAGCCACCAUAUCUGUGGACAGAUGUGUCUGCAUAGAUCUAGUAUGGUGAGGAUGCUGUGGCUUAUUAGAAGUUGCAUUUCCCUUUGUGACUUGUACUAAUUGAACUGAUUGAAAGCACCAGCUUGUUCCUUUCAACUGAUGUAAAUGUUUUUGGUUCUACAUGUAUCUCGGUAAGACAGUUGCUCAUUGUACACACUUUAAUGGGGGGGCUUUCACACCAAAUUUGGACUUCUGUUAAAUGAAUUCUCCUGAUCUUUGUUUUUUCCAGACACCCACAACAAGGUUUGAAAUGUACUUUUUUUUUUUUUUUUUUUUAUAGAAACAACCUAAAAGAUCUAAUUUUGAGCUUGAGCUAACAUUUAGAGGAAAGUGUUUGUGUGGAGUCCUCUGUGGAGUCUGCAGUGUUUCUCCUGUGCACAUUAAAUCUAGUGUACCAGUUGCUUUGUUACAAGAAAUAAAUGUAUACAUGAUG